GCCAAGCAAACUGUGUGCAUGCAGAUUUCAGGUUUUGAUCACCAUGUAUAAAUCUCUUGGCUUGAUCAUCCUUGCAGUGGUGGCCUGCUUCCAUGCAGUACCCAUUAAGGAUGUAGACGAACAUAUUGUGGGUGGAAGUGACAGUCGACAUUGUGAGUUUCCUCAUAUGGUAUACCUCGAUAUUGCCCUGGGUGAUGGAGGAACAUUCUGUGGUGCAUCUUUGAUUGGCAAGAAACAUGUCUUGACAGCAGCCCAUUGUCUUAAAAACAAAGACGUUACGGGAAUUACUGCUAACUUUGGAUCAACCAACAAGAAUAACGCAACAGUUCAGAUACCCGUAAAGAAAUGGGUGUUGCAUCGGAAUUACGUGAGAGGGCGUACUUUCGAUAAUGACAUUGCUAUCUUGGAAUUGAAGUCACCUGUCCCGACCAGCCGAUGUAUCAUGCCUAUAGAGGUACCAAAGAAAGGAGAUACAUUCAAAACGCGAUGUGUCACUGCUGGAUGGGGUCAGACCGGAGAAACUGGACAUUACCCAAUCCAGAUGAAACGAACUAAUAUUGAUAUCAUCCCAAAUGAUAAAUGCCAACCCUAUUCUCCUGGUGCCUCGGUUGAAAUGCAUAUCUGUGCUGGCGACCUCAAAAGAAAUGGACAAAAUAUUUGUUACGGAGAUUCUGGCGGUGGUCUUAUCUGCAGGAGGAACUCUGAUAACAAAUACGUCGUUGCUGGCAUUUCUUCUUACGGCUUUGAUUGUGAUGAAGGAUUCGGUGUCUUCACAAACACCGCCAAUUACAGAGAUUUCAUUAAUAACAAUACUACAUAGUAACUCGGUCCCAAACAAUAAACCAUUUUAUUAAAUGAAUAAAUCUUUAAAUCAAA